AUGGCACAGAUCCAGGUCCCAGUGGUGCAAAGAGGGCUGGAGCGCCAAAAUCUUGAACGCGCGCAGCGGAGGAGACGUGUGAUCGAGGAAGAAGGACAGAAAGCGCGCCGCUCUGCUGUCGCCUUCCGCCAGCGGCGCGAAACAGUCGAAAGCCCGGAUGACAAGGAGGCAGCACAGCCUGCCGAUGCGCGGGAAGCUGACAGGAACCAACGCUUGCAGCAGGUGCUGGGCAAGCUUUCAGCUUCCAUCCAGUUGCCCACAGUAGAGGCUGACACCAAAGACAAAGAGGGCUCCGAGUAUGGUGGCUUGAUGAGCUCAGACUCGGAGGAGGCCGAUCCGGUGGAGCUGGAGCAGCGGAAGCUCUCCGAGCGCUCCAAGCAAAUCCGGAAGAGAGUGAAAGAAGCAGCCAUCAAUGGAAUUCGGGAGAAGAAAAAGUUUGUCGAUCGCAUGAACCGGAAGAGGAGGUACCGAGAGGCAUUGUGGAAAGCUUUGCCCCAAGCAGAACGUGUUGCCACAGAGUCUGCCUUCAAGCUCCACUGCAACCAAUAUCAGAUGCUCACUGCCGAAGCAGCUCUGGAUGCCCUGCGGGACAUGGGCCUGCGAGGCCGGACCAUGGUGGAGCGAAGUGUGGUGGAGCGCGCGGUUGGAUCCCUGGUGAAAGAGCUGAUUUGUGUGGAAGAGCAAGGCAUCCAGGGAGCUUGGGGUUCUGCACCGAAAGGAUCUCCGCAGGUGUGGUGGAGAACGCCCAGGGAGCUAUCUGCCCUCCCCAUGGCGCGCAUGGCACAGGCCAAGACCAAGACCGUUCAGCCGACCCCGCCGGUUCGAGCCCGACAACACAACCGCCGAGCGAGCGCUACAGGCAUUCGACAGUCUUCAGUCAGUGCUGCACAAAGGUCAUCCACCUUGAAGGAUGAACAGGCUGCCAAGGAACUGGUUGCAGCUAUGGAGCAGAAGACACCGCGCCCGACCGGCAUCCCGGUCGAGGCCUUUGGGGCCGAGGUCGUCCCAGUGGCGCGAUGGGAACUCUUUGAGCAGAGGACUGAGCCACACUUCCGCCUUUUCGUCAAGGAAAUUGAGGCAUCGCCGAACCCCAGCGGCAUCAACUACGAUCAGUUCCAAAAGCUGGUUGCAUCGCUUGAGCUGGACAAGGCGAAAGGCCCACUGCCACCUGCUAUCAAGCGCGAGAAGCAGAAAGUGGGGCCUGAAACAAUCUUGGACUUGGAGAUGGUGCACAUCCGCUUGCUGCAGUUGGAAGAGAGGGCCGCGCGGGCAGCGAGUGCCAGGGAAUGGGCAGUGGCUCGGCAAGCAAAGGUCAUUGACAGCCGCUUCAAGAAGCACAGGCCUGAGCUACUUUGGAUGUGGGAGAUGUUUUCUGCUCAUGAUGACGAUCACAGUGGCUUCCUGGGCCAGUACGAAAUUCGACGGCUGCUGAAAUACAUGGGCCUCGAGCCGUACAAGCGUAGCGUGGCCCACAUGGUGGACCACAUCAUCAGCCAGGUGGACGAGAACCAUGAUGACGAGAUUGACUUCAAUGAGUUCCUGCUUCUUGUGGACCAGCUACGUUCAUUCAUGAUGAAGCGGAGGCGAUUGCAUUUGCAGCGGUUCUACCUGGGCCUGGAGCUUGACCAGAGUGGCUGCCUUGAUUUCGAUCAGAUUGUGGCAGCCCUUGCUCAGGAGGGCCUCCUUCGCUCUCGAAAUGAGUAUGCCUUGGCCCAGGAACUCUUAGAUGAGGAAUUUGAUCUACGGGCCGUGCUUCAGCCCAGCAGCGAAGCAGACUCGCCCUUGUCUCUAUCGUCUCCACGCAGCAGCAGCUUAAGCCCUAGGAAGAUGAGGCAGCGACAAGCGCUGAUGGCAGAGGAUGCUGGAAUGGUCGACUUCUAUGGGUUCUGUCUGAUCUAUGAGCUGGUGUGGGAGCGGCUGAGCCAACUUCAGGGUGAGCGCAUUUGCCAGGCGGCAAAAGCUCUCAACUUCACCAUGACAGAGCUGUCAGACAUCCAGGCAGCUUUCGACAUGGCGGAUGGAAAUGGAGACAACAAGCUGACCCGCGGUGAGCUUCGAGAGGUCUUGAUUCCACUGAUCGCGCGGAUGCCAGAUGAGCAGCAACUGAAGCAUGUGCUGGCGUCUAUCGACACGGAGCGUACUGAUGGCAUCGACAUUUUAGAGUUCCUCAAGAUCCUGCGGUCCCUGGUGACGGGACCGAACGGCAUGGUGCACAUGUACAAGCCGUUCUCGUUGAUUGAGAACGUCACGUAUGAAAAACAGCAGGAACUUCUGGGUGUCUGGCCAAUUUCUGAUUCGUACAUCAAGAACUUGGAUGCCAAUGAGCUCAUGGAAAUGCUUAGCAACUUCCUUGGUGUCCGGCCAGAACAAAACUUGCGGGAGCUGCCAUAUCCCAUCAGCAGCUACAGGAAGCUGAAAGAGUUUGCGCUGCGACAGGCUGAGAAGGCCACGCAGCGACACAGGUUCUGA